AUGUUUGUUGACCUCUUUCUUUGUGUCAACGACCAAGCUGAUGAUACUUUGAAGUUUCUCUGCUGCUACCUCAUGGACUUGUCUCUCCUCGACCGAGAUUGCUCUCAGCGUUACCCAUCUAUCCUAGCCGCCGCUUGUGCCUUCUUGGCUCAGUUCAUGCUUCAUCCGGGUGCAAAACCUCAAGCGGUAAUUCCAUGGGAUUACAAAAUUAGUGACUUGCAAACCAAGGUUGUACUUCUACGAGACAUAAUUCUUCAGAGACGUUUCGUCAACACUCGCACAAAAUACAUGUCUGCACAGUUUCAGAUGGUUGCUAACCUUGGAUGCGGAGACAACAUUCCAGAGGACUAUUUCUCAUAG